GCCCGACCCCCGCUCCCUCCUCCCGAGUUCGAAACCCCAGAAAAUCCCGGUCCGCUACUCCGUCACCAUCCGAUGUCGUCCCCGCCGCCCGCGCUCCGUCUGGAGGAGGCGCCGCGUCCGCACGCCGCGGACACCACCGGCGCAGCGGGAGACGUCGGAGGUGCCGAUGCGAACCGAGCCGCGUCCGGCGGUGAGGUCCAGGCCACGAUCUGCCCCGCCUGCAUGGUCCCCUGGGGCAGCGACGGCUCGCAUCGCAUCUGUUGCAUUCCUUGUGGCCAUGUGUAUGGCAGAUCGUGUCUGGAGGAGUUGCUGCGUCGUUCUGGCGAGGAGAGUGCCAAGUGCCCUCAGUGUGGCAAAGGAUUUGUGGAGAAGCUUAUUAUCAACCUCUACGCACCAGAAAACAUGUUGGAGGGUUGCUGCAGUCCUGAGGAAAUUCAAGCAUUCUACAGUCCUAUAUUUGCUGCAGUAUUUAGGGAACAUUCAGAGUAUAAUGUUGCUGAAGAACCAUCCAGUGAUUCUACAUGUGAUGACAUGCAGCAACUGUUUACAGAACGGGUGGCUCAGAUAGAGGGAACAGUGAAUGAAAAAGUGGCAACGGCUAAGGCUAACUUGAUGUUAAUGAAGGAGCGAUUGAAGAAGAUGGCUGAACAAGAAAAGAUGGCGCCGAAGGAUGUGAUAGAGUUCCUGGAGCAGAAUUGCCCUCACCUGAUGAUUCGUGUAUCGUGCUUGUUCCCGUCGUCGCCAACACCGAGUAUGGACGACGUGGAGCUUGCAGAUGUCGAAAUAGUGGUCAGAGAGGGACCAUAUAACCAUGCUGUGGAAGUCGAUGACCAGGGUGGCAGAGGCAACGACGUGAACCAUACCACAUUAGUUUCGGGUGAGGUGACCGAUGGCUCAUACAGACGAGAGGUUGAAGAAGUGGACAACAAACGCUUUGGUGACAGUGCCUACUCUGGAAACUAUAAUCUCAAUGCCUCCAACAAAGAAGUAAAUGGGAUGUUGCCGAGUAUGAAUAUGGAGGCUGCAGCUGAAGGUGGUGAACGUGUCGAGACCAAGCCAGCAGCACGGCCAACCUGCUCUAUCUGUAUGGAACCUUGGACCUCCACUGGAGAGCAUCACAUCUGUUGCAUUCCUUGCGGACAUGUCUACGGCUGGUCAUGCCUCAUAAGGUGGGUCAAGUACCAGCUUUGUGGGAAUGAGAGUGUAAAGUGCCCUCAAUGCGGGGAAGGAUUUAAAGAGAUGCCAAUCGAGCUCCAUGCACCAUAUUGUCAGGAAGUACAUGGGUAUUAUGAAUCUAAGUUUGCUGAGAUCGGGGCAUCGAUAGAAGACUGUACGGUGUAUGCAGAAUUAACUUCUCACUUAGAAGAGCUAAGCGUAGAGGUGAAGCUUCAGGAUGCAGAACUGCGUGCACUACUUGACACUCAUUUUGCUGAGAUGGAAAACGUUGCGACUGUACACGUGGCACUGGCUAACGCUAGGUUGAUGUCCCUGAAGGAGCAGAUGAAGAAUAUGGCUGAAGAAGACGAGGCGACAACGGAGGAUCUGGUCGAAUUGAUGGAACUGAAUUGCCAUCAACUCUUUCCUUCCCUACCCAGCCUACCCCCAUGCCCCUUCUGAUCAAAGCUGGUGAAUGUUUUUUAUUUUUGUGCAACUCGGUGAACUGCUUACCUCUACAACAUAUUAUGUAUUUCUACUUCAUGAUAUUUACUGUGAUGUCCGAGGACUCUCUGUUUUAACAUCAUCUUUUGUCAAGUACAUGGUAGCUAGCUACUUAGCUGGAGCUAGUGUCGCCAAGUCAUCCUGUGUCGAGAUGUUGUAUAAGCAGUAAUGGUGUUUCAAACUAUCAGAAAUAUGCACUACUUA